GGAGAGCGCUCCGGGACUCUUCCUCCGGGGUACCGCCCUGCCCUCUCUCUCUCCGCCCUGCAUCUCCUGGAGAGAGAGCGCAGCAUCCCUCCUCUUGGGUACCAGCCUCGCCAUCCCAGCCUGCAUCUCCGAGGAGUGCGGCGGCGGCGCCUCUCUCAAUGCAAGGGCGACCACGGUGAUGGGCUUGGAGUGGGCAACUUCUUAGGUGGUGGAACCGAGGCAGACCACCUCAGAGCCAUGGGGGUGCUGAUGUCCAGGCGGCAGACGGUGGAGCAGGUCCAGAAGGUCACCCUGGCCGUGUCAGCCUUCAAGGACGGGCUGCGAGAGCGCAAGUCGGAGGGGGCCACCAGCCGGAGGGGCACCAUCGAGGACACGGUGCAGGAACUCAGAGAAGAGGAGGCAUCAUCGGAAGCGGGGUCUUCCGCGGGACUCCAGCAGAAGGAGGAGAGCCGCUUCCGCAGGGCGGCCUGGGAGAGGCUGCGGGACGGGCGAGGGGUGGAGCCCGAAGACUUUGACCGCACCACCUUCUUCACGCCGCCAGCCUUUGCCCGCCCCACGCGGAGGGAGCAGGAUGACGAGCCCAUUGAGAUCAGCCUGGAGCAGAGGGAGCAGGUGACCAACGACGAGACGUGCGAAGUGUGCGAAGUGUGGACAGCGGACAGCCUCCUGCCCUGCCGCGUGUGCACGAGGGUCUACCACGACGGCUGCCUCCGUCGGAUGGGCUUCCUGCCCCAGGACAACACCACCGAGGUCAUUGAGGCGGCCCAUUCGGAGACCGGCUGGAGCUGCUACUCUUGCGACAACCUCAACUUGCUCCUCACCGAGGAGGAGAUGAGCAGCCUCUUCCAGUCCUUCCAACAAGGCAAGGUCGCCCCAGACAGUGCGUUGACCUUGAAUGUCUUCUUGGGCUACAAGCGGCUGUCCAACCAGCAAGAGGGCGAGCGGCCCAGCAGCGAGGAGCAGGAAGACCAGGACGCCCUGCAGUUUUCAGCGCUGGAUCCAGAGAAGAAAGGCCGCGUCGAAUGGGUGGAUUUCCUCUCCCAUGAGUCCGUCCUGCAGCUGCAGAGAACACGGACACAGAAUGCCCUGCUCCGCCUGCUGACGGGCAAAGAGAGAGAGCGGGCACGAGCCACUUUCUUGUCGCUGGAUCAGCACGGGGACGGGCUCAUCAGCGAGGCAGAGAGUCGGCGCAGCCAACACACGUGGUUCCGUAAGCGGCACAAGGAGGUGCCCUCUUGCAACGUCAGCAUCAGCCAUGUGGGCCCCAUCUCAGAGAGCAGCCCAGCCAGCAAUGCAAGCCAGGAGCAGGUGCUGCUGAAUGCAGAGCCAGAGGAACCAAGCCGGACCAUCAACUGGCCUACUUUCCUGCGAGAGAGCGCCAUCUACAUCCUCGCCGCCCGGCCAAACAGCCCUGCCAUCCACCUGAAGCCGUUGGCAUAGGGGCACGCUUGGCAAGGGGGGCAGGCGGUCAGAGACAAACAGACUUGCCUUGUUGGGAAGAGCAGGAAAGUCUCCACGAUCCUGCCAAGCCAUCUGGAUUGACACGGGCAAAACGUAUUUAUUGCUGGAGCAGCCAAACGACACAAGCCAGAAAACAGUCAGGAGAUUGGCGAUGAUGGAGGGCAAAGCAGUCGACCCCUUUGCCCAUCACUUCCCUUCCCCCCCCCUUCUCCAAAUCUCUCCC